AUGUCUGGCAGUGAUAAUAUAGCAAAAACGAAAUGUCAAAGUUCAUUUCUUGGCCGUUUGCUUCAUUUCAAUUAUUGGCGAACCAGAAAUGAGCCUGAAAUCACAAAUGAUAUGAAUUUAUCAUCAAAUAAAUCAAAAUCAUCGCUAAAAGAUACUGAAAUUGAAUUUAUCGAUAUUAGCGGCGCAAUCAUAAAAUCUGGCUAUCUUAGUAAAAAAAUUUGGCGCUUUGGUCAUUCUACCAGUUAUUUUGUUCUUCGUAAUAAUGGCAAAUUAUGCUUUUAUAAAAAUGAAAUAAUUGCUAAAGAUCGAAAGAAGUAUAAAGGUUUUACCAAUGUUAAGGAUAUUUAUAUUGUGCCAAAAGGAUUGAAAGAAUUUAUAAUUUAUACAAAAAAAAGUAUUUGGUAUUUGAAAGCAAAAACAAGCCAAGAUCGUGAUGAUUGGAUUAAAAAACUUAAAUCUAUAAGGGCAUUUUUACGAAUGAAAGAAGAGGAAGAAUUGAAACGAAUUUUAAAUCCUCAAUUAAAUCAGCAAAAAAAAAUAAACACAAAAAAAAUUAUCACUGAGAUGGAUGAAACACUUCAAAUAACGUAUAAAAAUUUACGUGAACUUGAAGUGAAAUUAAAUGAUUUUCGACAUUCACUUUUGAAUGGUAAACAAUUUGAUAAAAUUCAAAUGGCAGAUAUUGAUGAUACAUCACAUAAGAUUAUAAAAGAUAUUCAAAUUAGUUUGCAAGCAAUUAAAAGAUAUUUUAUAAAAUCAAAAAGUCUACAAAAUGAAAUGAAACGUAUUAUUCAUGAUUUAAAUUAUGAAUCACAACAACGCUCAAAUUUAAUACGUCAAAUAGAAUUACAAGCAAAACAAUUGAAUUGCAUUGAAAAGUCUGCACGAUUAAAAUCAAAUUUUGCAUCGGAAGAAUUAACAAAGCUCAACGAUUUACUUUUAGCUACUGAAAGUGAAAGUGAAAGAGAAAUGGUUGGAAUUAGCAGUUGGCAAGAAAUUAAUUUUAGUGAAACCGGAACUAGCGAAUCAGUAAAAACGGAACAUACACCUUCUACGAUUAAGAAAAAAACUUCUUUAUCUGCAAUGCCAGUAGUUCUGAGAGCAAAACAACGUAUGCGGAAAAGGCGUACGCAAAUACCGCAGCGGAAAAAAACUGAGAUGUCAUUGUGGUCAUUGCUUAAAAAUGCAUUGGGUAAAGAAUUAUACAAAAUACCAUUGCCAGUAAAUUUCAAUGAACCAUUAAGUUUCAUACAACGUUUAACUGAAUGCUUGGAGUAUUCAAAUUUAAUUGAUAAAGCAGCAAAAAUUCAAAAUUCCGCAGAUCAAAUGAUUUAUGUUGCAACAUUUGUUAUUUCAACACUUUGCAAUACGGUAUUCCGGACAUGCAAACCGUUUAAUCCGUUAUGGUGUGAAACAUUUGAAUUUGAUCGAAUGGCAGAUCUUGGCUGGCGAGCAAUUGCCGAACAGGUAAGUCAUCAUCCACCGAUUAGUGCAAUUCAUGCAGAAGGAAAUGGUUGGAUAUUAGAUGAAGAUAUCGAUGUGCAUUCACAAUUUCAAGCAACAAUUAUGAAAAUUUAUCCAGAAGGAACAGCUAGCAUUUUUUUUCCGGAAACAAAAUCAUUUUUUUAUUGGACAAUGAAAGAUAUUAAAACAUUUGUAAAAGGUUUUAUUAUUGGUCCAAUAACGGUGCACAAUGAAGGAAAUUGUGUUAUUAUGAGUAAACCGGAUGGCAUAAAUUGCGUAUUGAAUUUAAUUCGACAUAAAUUUUUCUCAAUUGAUAAUGAACGUAUUUUUUCCGGAACAAUAUAUGACAAAUUCGGAAAAGAAUUAUAUUGUUUAAGUGGUGAUUGGAGCCAGAAAUGUCAAAUUAUUUGGACAAGAAAUGUGCAACCUAAAGAAUCCGAAUUAAUGUACAAUUAUACAGCAUUAGCAAUUGAACUCAAUGAACCAGAAGAUGAUGUAGCACCAACCGAUUCUCGACUUCGACCGGAUAUGCGUAUGAUGGAAAAUGGUAAUUGGAAUGCGGCAAAUGAAGAAAAAAAACGUUUAGAAGAAAAGCAACGUAUUGAUACAAAAAAAUAUCAGGAUAUGUUAGAGAAUGGCGAAAAAAUAAUUGAACGACCAAUAUGGUUUAAAAAAUGUUUUGAUCAUUGCUGUGGUACAUCACGAUAUCUUUAUCAAGAAUAUUCCAGUGUAAAAUUGAAAACCACAAGUGUGGAAUAUAAAAUGGUGUGA